CAGUCGGACUUUCAAUUCGGAUCUGGGAGCUGUCCGCUCCUCCCGUGAAUCUCUGAAAUUGCCCUCUCACCGGCGAAGCUCGUUUCUCCAUUAACGGUACUCGCCGGCGAAGCCUCGUUUUCCGUCAUCUCUAUUUCAUUUCCCUCAGCAGAUACAUGUAAUUCAACACUGUUAAUUUUAUUUAAGGUAUCAUUGAAUUGUUGGUGUUUGACAUAGACUAGCUUGUUCUGGAGAUGAGGUGACAUGAGUAGACUAUCAAUUAGACCUCGUCCACUUGACAUUCAUAAGAAACUUCCCAUUGUAAAAUCAAUCAAGGAUUUAGAAGAUGAUGACACUCCUACAUCCACCAGAAAUUCACACUUGCUUCACCUUGUUGUCCAGGCUGAAGUUGAGCAUGUUUCUUCUAGCAAAAAACUUGCAUCUGAAAUACCUAUUCCACAGUUUGUUAUUGUGGAUACUUAUGAAAGAGAUUAUGCAUGUACUUUUAGUCAACCAGCUUCUUAUUUACGAGCAAGGGGAGCUCGGUCUGAAAUUGGAGAGUUCGUUGAGUAUGACUUGGAUAAUGAAGAUGAGGAUUGGCUUGAACAUACCAUCAAGGAGAAAAAACAUAUUUCCUCUGAAAAGUUUGAAUUGAUUCUGUUUAAGUUGGAGGUAUUGGAUCAUAAGGCCAGGGAGAAAGCAGGGUUAAUGGCACCAAUCCUCGGUUCUCCAGUUCCUGUGCUUUUGCAGUUUGAAACUGUGUUUGAGGCAUUACAAGCUAUUCCAAACCUUUCAGUGAAAUAUGGUGUUCUCCAGUCCAUCUAUAGUUAUUGGAAAGAGAAGCGUGAGCAAUGGCAGAAGCCAGUCCUGCGCCGUUUGCAGCCACCUCCUCCAGUUAAUGAUACUAACCCAUUCAAUGUCUUCAGAAGAAGGGAGAAAGUACACAAACAUCAUACAAGAAGGAUGCAAAGGAGAGAAGAUGGUGUGCACUCCUUUGAAAAGCUUAGACAGGUGAGGCGUAACCUUGAGCAAGCCAAGAUGUUACUGGACUCUCUGAUUAAGAGGGAAGAAAAGAAGCGUGAAGUCAUGGAAAGUGAAGUUAACCUUCAGAGAAUUCAAUUAAAAUACAAGAAUGAAACUGAGCUCCUAGAAGAUGCUUUUGCUUUGGCAUUUCCUUCGGUGCCAUCUUUCCAGGGGAACUAUGGUUCAAGCGAGGAGGAAUUUGUGGACUCGGAUGAUGAUGCAAAUAGUUCUAUCCAUGUACGACAUGCAUCAGAUAUGCCUGUUACAGAUUCUAAUCCUUUUGUAGUUUCAACAGGAAGAAUGAACCGAGAUCUCAAGCCAGGGUGGCUGGAUCCCCUUGAACCAGUUUUCAUGUUCAUAAAACCGUUGGAUCCAGAAAUGCUAGCGGCUGCAGGUGUUGUUCCUCCUCCAUCAGAUGAUUCUUCGGGUAGUUUCCAUGGUAGGAUUGGCCGAGGAGGGAGAAUAAUAUACGACAGAUGGAAUCCACUUCUGCAGACCCCUAUCGUUGAUCCAGGCAAUCAUCCUCUCCACAUGCUGCCUUCAAAACCUAGUCCUUCUCCCUUCUGUUAGUUGUCCCUUAUAUAUUUCCACUGUACUAUUAUUCCGACAUUGAUUGAUCUCUUAAAUAGUUUAUUUGAAACAGGUCCUGCCAAGCACCUCAACCUACAUUUAGUUAUUUAUUGUUGUAAUAUUUUUAGUUUGAAUUAAGCCAGCAAACUGUAUAGUAAUAGAUUUUAUUAGGAACAAACAGUUGAAAUUUAAAUUGUGUUAAUUCUUUCUUUCUUAAUCAA